GGAUUAGUUAAGCUGUUGAUGCCCGUGCUGUUCGCUGGUUAGCUCUUGUGCUUUCAUUGCUUAUUCUCUUUCGACAGCAACACCAGUUCUGUUACACAUUCAUUGUAAAAUUAAGUUUUUCUGUCAGUUCAACAAAACCACAUUUUUUAAAAAAUCAAUUAAGAAACAAUGGCACGUACAAAGCAGACAGCUCGUAAAUCAACCGGAGGAAAAGCUCCGCGAAAACAAUUGGCUACAAAAGCCGCGCGUAAAAGCGCACCUUCAACCGGUGGAGUCAAGAAACCCCAUCGUUACCGCCCAGGUACGGUCGCUCUUCGUGAAAUCAGAAGAUACCAGAAGUCAACGGAAUUGUUGAUCAGAAAAUUGCCCUUCCAGCGAUUGGUUCGUGAAAUUGCUCAGGAUUUCAAGACCGAUUUGCGUUUCCAGAGCGCGGCCAUCGGCGCUCUCCAGGAAGCUUCUGAAGCCUACUUGGUCGGUCUCUUUGAAGACACAAACUUGUGCGCAAUUCACGCCAAGCGUGUAACAAUUAUGCCGAAAGACAUCCAGUUGGCCCGACGAAUCCGUGGUGAACGUGCUUAAAUAAAUCCAGCUUCAACUAAUCUAAAAAUCUUAUUAAAUAUUUCGACAUUUCACCAACUUCACACAAAUAAUCAUCUUUAUUAUGAUUCAAUCUUAAAUAUUGUAAACUUUAAAUUCAGCAUUUUUAUUUUCGUUUUCGUUUAGAUUAUUUAUAUAAACAUACAUUUUUAAUUAAACACAUCAAUUAUUAUUAAUUUAAUCGUUGUCACUGCCAAACACGUAGCAAUCGGCACGGGGUCGGUAAGAUGAGCCAAAAAAUAAUAAAUUAAGAGUAAAAUUAUUAAAAUUAUAAAUCUGUUCAUCUUGAGAAUUAAAAAAAAAACAUGCGUGGAAAUUAUCCGAUAAAGCCAGAGAGACAAAAAAUUAACAUGUUUAAUUACGUGUCAGACAGUCAUGACAUUGCUUUUUAGUGUCACAAUGCAUUGAACAAUUUUUUCAUUUUUUAUUUAAUUCUGCACUGAUCAUUAAUUCAAACACUGAUCGUUAAUUGAUAGUCGGUUAAUAUUUAAAUAAAUGAUUAAAGAAAAAAUAAAAUCAGCAUUGUGAUGUCAUCUCUGUUGGCAUUGAAUCUUUUUGAUAGAUUUUAUUAAACAUCAUUAAUCACUUUUAAAAUUAAAAUUCAUUACUAACAAAAAGGUUCAUAUGUACAAAUAGGGAAUAAUAUGUAAUAAUUUUUUGUAGGCAAUUAGAGUAAGAUUAUUAUUAAAAUUAUAAUUAUUAAUUAUUAUUAUUAUUAUUAAUGAUAUGUAAUCUAGAAGAAACCGAGUUCAGAUUAAAAAAUUCGACAUUGCUUAUCUCAUUUUUGGUUAUCAAUUUUAAAUUAAUCAUUUGAAAAUGAUAAGAGAAAUUAAAAAAUUUAUUAAAUUAAGGGCCAACUUUUCAAGCCGGGUUCAAAUUACUGCUAGUAUAUCUAUAUAUUAUGAAUGUAUAGAUAUACUAGGAAUAUUAAUUUGAACCUGGUUUGAAAAACUGACCAAGCAGUAAACAAAAUUAAUUAGAUUUUCACGAUUAUUCUUAAUUAACAAUAUUUUAUAUAAAAUGUAAAUCAUCGAUUGUUAAUUGAUUAAUUUUUUUUAUAAUUAUAAAAAAUCUCAUCAAACGUCUCGAAAGUUAUAAAUUAAUAAGCAAUGGCUUCUAUUUUAAAAAAAAGAGUACACAAUUUAUUUUAUUAUCAUUUAAUUUAACAAUUCGCGUUAAUAACUAGAUGCAUACACUUUAAUUAUAUCAUUAAUUAUUAAUUAAGUAAAUUUAUAUUUUUAGUUAUUACUAAAUGUAUUUGUUUUCGUAUUCUAGCAUUGUAUUAAUCUUGAUAUUAUCUGAAUAUUAAGUACAAUUUUAUGUAGACAGACUAAAUAUAACUGAUAAUAAUAAUGUACAUUAACGUGAAUAAUUUCAU